CUACAUAUACGCGACCCACGACGGCGUCUCCCGCCUCCCACAACCGCUCCGCUACCUCCUCUUCUUGAUUCUCGCCACUGUCCCCCGCCCUCGCCAUGGACGGCGCCGACAUCAUGCGGUUCCAGCGGCAGGCCUCCUGCUCCUGCGCCCCCUCCAUGUCCCGCGGCUACGUCCGCGGCGGCUUCGACCUCGACGACGACGACUUCGACGACGGUCACUUCGACAAGGCCGGCGUCGCCCGGCACGGGAGGGCGCCGCCCGCCGCCGCGUCGCCGCGCGGGUGCGGCACGAGGCUGAGGGGCCUGUGGCGGAAGAUCGUCCGGGAGAAGAAGAGGAUCCUGCUCUGCUCCACCGGCUGCGUGCCCGUCGGGGGCUCCUCGGCGGCGGCGGCGGCGCGGGAGCCAUACGACGCGUACAGCUACGCGCAGAACUUCGACGACGGCGCGGCCUGGGUGGAGCCCGACAACCUCUCGCGCUCCUUCUCCGCGCGCUUCGCCGUCCCCUCCAGGGUCCUGCAGCGGGUCGCCGUGUAGGCACGACACGCCCCGCCGCCGGCGGCCGCGGCGGCGGCUGACCGUCGUUUCUUUUGUUUCUUCCUCUGUUUCUUGUUUUCUCGUCUCUGUCUCAGUUUUGGAGUCCUCAACAACUGUGAAAAGGAAUGUUCUUUGCCCACCUGUAAAUGGUAGCCCCUCAAUCCCAAUAUCAUGAUCAGCAUCUGCAUCAA